AUGACAGGAGCUGGAUGUCAAGAUAGCUCUCCCGAGUUUGGGACAACCUGCUUUUUCGACUACCAACCGGGAUAUAAACGCACUGAGGGCUCUCGCUCUAUACUGUGUAAAGCUGACCAAGCAUGGAGUGGCUCACCCCUCCAAUGUGAAGCUGUGACAUGUCGCCCACUUCCUGUGGAUUCAAAAGGACUCUCCGUGGAACCUGCAUCUUGCGAAGUGACCAAUUCCUCCUACGGAGCAGAGUGUCGGUUCCAAUGCGCAUCUGGAUACAGGCUUGAAGGACCUUCCAUAAAAACAUGUACCCAGAGCGGUGACUGGUCUUUCCCUGCAAACACCUACUGUAAAGAUGUUUCCCCGCCUGACUUUGGUAAUUCUUGCCCCGAUACAAUUGUGGAAUAUGCUGAUAGGAAUUCUAAUACUAAGAUGAUCAGUUGGACUGAACCGCAUGCUAUAGACAAUUCAGGGGUCGCACCAAAAGUUCAGCUUGUUGGCAAAAGUCCUGGUGACGUAUUUCCAGAGGGCAUCUAUACUGUCAAAUACAUUUUUACCGAUGACAGUGGAAAUAUAGCGGAAUGUUCAUUUCAAGUCUCUGUAUCCGUGUUGUACUGCGUACCAAAGCUGAUAGCUCCAUGGAGUGGCAUAGUGUCGUGUUCUUAUGGAAAUCGUUUCGGAUCAAAUUGUUCGUUUACAUGCCGAAAUGGUUACAGUAUCAGGGGUUCUGUUCAACGCCAGUGCGAAGCUGAAGACGGAAAGCCACCUGCUUAUUGGACUGGAAAUGAGACACACUGUGAAAUUAUGAAAUGUGAUAAAUUGAAUACGCCAGCCAAUGUGGUCAUGUCAGGAUGUGGAAGGGCGUCAAUUUCCUAUGGUGAUAAAUGCCUGUUUUACUGUGAACACGGAUACAAAGCUGUAAGUGGAACAAAAGAGAGACAUUGUCGGGAAUAUGGUACUUGGUCAGGUUCACCUCUAACUUGCACAGGUAAGUUGUCAAGCGGCACUGUUUCUCAAGGACCGAUGUUAAGAUGA